AUGACUUUCAAAAGAUCUUUUGAAAAUUCUAGAAAAACUGGAGCCCAGUUGGAAGAUAGACUUGAUGGAGAUUUUUCUCCCAAGCCCACUGUUUUUCUUCCUUCACCUGCUGAAAUAAACCUCCAUAAGACUGGAACCUAUCUCUGUCUUCUUGAGAGUUUUUUCCCUGAUGUAAUCAAGAUAGAUUGGAAAGAAGAGAACAGCGAUACGGUGCUGAACUCCCAGCAAGGAGAAACCAUGAAGACUGGGCACACCUACAUGAAAUUCAGCUGGCUGACAGUGACCGGGCAGUCGAUGGAUAAAAUACACAAAUGUAUCGUCAAACAUGAGUUUAACAGAAGAGGGGUUGAUCAGGAGAUUCUCUUUCCUUCAAGCUUACUCGAGGUGCCUGCUAUAGAGGCAGGCAAGGAACCCUUGAAAGAAGUGAACGAUAUACUACGACUGCAGCGCUCCAACACCUCUGCCUAUUAUAUCUACAUUCUGCUUCUCUUCAAGAGCCUGAUCUACUUCACCUGCACCAUCUUUUAUCUGUUCUGGAGAAAAUCAGCUUGUAGCAACAGAAAGUUUUCAUAA